AUGCUCCUGGGGAGGCGAUGGGCAAGAUGCAACCCGGGGCGCUGUGCCUUCCUCCUUGUCCUGGCCCUCCUGCUCGACGCGGUGGGUCUGGUCCUUCUGCUGCUGGGUAUCUUCGCCUCCCUCGACUACUGGGACUUUUUGGUCUACACAGGGGCGCUGAUCCUGGCUUUCAGCCUCGUGUUCUGGAUCAGCUGGUACUCCUUCAACAUCGAGGAACCUCUUGAGAAACUGAGCUUGUAGUCUGGCCGUGGCAGAGGAGGAGGGAUGCGGG